CGUGUCUUGCGACACUAGAGCAUAAUGAAUAAUCAACAAAUUAUGAAAGCUCUACAAGGAAAACUUUAUCACAAUAAUAUAUAUUUCUUAGGCUGUCUUCCCGCUGACGAUGUAGCGAAAUUAAAUCUAAGGAGUGAGUCAGACAAGCCCAUUGUCUUUAUUGCUAAUGUGUUAGGCGCAUCGCAAGCUUCGAAAAUGGGUCACUGGGUGGUGUUCUAUGUUAGUGAUAAGUGUAUAUAUUUCUUCGACACAUACGCCCUGACCCCAUCAUUAUAUUCUAAGUACUUUCGAAGUUUCUUAAAUAAGCAUAAAGAUUAUCCUGUUUUUAAACUUGCCGCAAGAUUACAGUCGGACAAAACUCUGGUGUGUGGCGUGUAUUGCAUUCAAUUCGUAUACUUAUGUAAUAAAAUAGGCUUAGAGAGGACUAGUCAGUUUCUGAAAGAUAAUUAUGAUUUAGGAAAUUUUUUGAAGAAUGACAGAAAGGUGUUAACAUAUGCUUAUAGAAUGUUUAAAAUGCCCCCAUGUAUAAAAACAUUUUGUCAAUCUAGUCAAGGACUGACUUACAAGCAUUGUAUUUCUAAGAUAUGUGGCUAACUUAUUAAAUGCUACAAUGUGUGUGUGUGUAAAAAAUGUAGAGCAGUAGCAUGUAGCUUAUUCAUUUAUGGCGUGUGUGUGAUAUUAUAUGUACGUAGUUAUUAAGAACAGGAUUUUUUUUUUUUUUUCGUGCGAUGUGACCGGGUGGGUGUGAGUUUGUUCACGCUUUCCUAUGUGUAAAAAAAAUGUAGAGAAGUAGUAUAUAGCUUAUUCAUUUAUGGCGUGUGUGUGUAGUUAUAUGUAGUUAUUAAGAACAGGAUUCUGUUUUUUUUUUUUUUUUCGUGCGACGUGACCGGGUGGGUGUGAGUUUGUUCACGCUUUCCUAUUGUUCGGAUGAAGAAUGGCUUGUGGUUUUGGGCAUGUGCGCGCGUGUUUGCAUACAUGUGUGGGCGUGUCCCCUAUAACCUGGGGUAGCCUCGGAAGAAGAAAAGGCUUGUGGUAGUGUGCGCAUAUGCCCCAAAUAACCCCGGGUAGCUUAAUCAGUCCCCUAACGUUGCGAGAGGAGCGUCAUGGAGGAAGUCUUCGCCGUCAUGAACUUACAACAACAACAACAACAACAACAACAACAGCCCCACGCUGCCGCUGCAACUCUUCAUGCUGACGAUGUUGACGAUCAGAUAAUGGGUCAAGCCGCAUUAGAAGUUGAAGCCAUGGAUAACACAUCCCAAGCUGAAGCCGUGGAUAACACAUCACAUCCCAGAAACGGAGCGGAUGUUGGUGGUGGUGAGGUGGGGGAUGUUCCAGAAACUCCCAAGUCUACCGGUGAACACAUCACGGGCGAGUCAUUGGGCAACAACAACAACCGCGGCGCGUUGGGAGGUGUCGGUAAAAUGGGGCGGCGUGUGCUGAGGGAAGGACUUCUGCGACUUCUGAAGGAUGUGAUACCUCCAUUACCAGUGUCUCAUCUGAAGAACGACCCACCGGACAGCGUAACGCAUAUCCACGGCAACAACAACAGACACGCUUCGGUGAUGGUGUGUCUUGACUCUCCGUCGGGCGCUGAAUCGCGAGAGCGGCGGCGAAGUCGUCUGCACGCGGCGUGCAGCAGCUGCGGCCGCUGA